UUGUUAAGGAAAUGAGUUUCCUUGUCUGUGUAUGUCAGUCGAGCGACGGUGCGGAAUGGCGAUUUAAACCGUUAAACAAAAGCGAUCGGUCGGAUUCGGUGAUCUGCGUCACGGGUUCGGUGUUUCACUAACCGAUGGACGUGACCACGCGCCGCUCGAGAUAGAAUCGGCCCCGCCUCUGUGAUUUCCCGCUGAGAGAGCGCGCGUGUGUGUGUGUGUGUGAUGAUGACCGCGGAGCUGCUGCUGUCUGAGCUGGACAGCCGCUUCUGCGCCGAUAACCUGCUGACCAGCGCGGACUGGGAUGCCUGUCUGUAUCAGUGUGAGGAUAUGGAGGAGGAUUUCACCGGAGAACUGAAAUAUGACACGUCGCUGGACAGUGACCUUGUCCUCACGCUGGACCCCGAUGACCCCACUUCACCCUGGAAGAACCUGGAGAACCACCUCACAGGUGAAGUGUCGGUCAUGAAGGAUGAAAUGACAGUGACGCAGCCUCUGCCAGUGGACAUGUUUUUCCAGGUGAAGACUGAACCUCCGUCACCUGCGUCGUCUCUGACCUCUGACAGCUCCAUCCCAUCUCUCCCUGAGCCUCAGGUGACGGUGAAGAGCGAGAACCCGCCCACUCCACCUUACAUGUGUGGAGAUGUGCUCUCGCCGCCGCUGGCCAGUGUGGAGGUGACCCUCGCCAGCAUCACUGCUCCACACCAGCCCCGGAGCACACACACACACCCCCUCAGCAGCCUGGACACACACAACACAGUGCUCUCCUCUGCAGCGACGCUGAAGGCCAGCAGUAUUCUGAGCAGUAAGCCUUUGAUCCAGCCCAAACCGGUGUGUGUGACGACUCUGCCGGUGGCUCAGAGCACCAGCCCGGCCAAAGCUCUCCUGCUGCAGAGCGUCCCUGUCCCAGCCCUCGAGCAGAACACCGCCCCCGUGGUUCUGUCUCAGUCCGUGUGUCUGGCUUCUGCUCCCGCUAUCGUUAAAAUGGAGCCUCUGUCUCCCAGCAUGCCCCACUGCACCAGCCCCUCAGCCGCGCCCCCCAGCAAGCCCAUCAUCCCCGCGUCCAGCCUGCCCGGAAACGGCUGUACCGACAUCGACAUGAAGGUUUUGAAGAGGCAGCAGCGCAUGAUCAAGAACCGAGAAUCAGCAUGCCAGAGCCGCAAGAAGAAGAAGGAGUACCUGCAGAACCUGGAGGCUCAGCUGAGGGAGGCACAACAGGAGAACGAGCGUCUACGCAGAGAGAACCAGGCUCUACGACUGAGACUCGCCACCAGAGAGGCCUCUGAGUCCAGCAGCAACAGAGGAGCGCUGUGUGUGAUGGCUGUGUUCCUCUUCAUCACCUUCACCUUCGGCCCCGUCAGUUUGAGAGACAGGACGCUGGGGACGGGGCUGCAGGAAGCGGCUGCUCCGCCGACGGGAAGACGCCUGCUGGAGUUCGAGACGUCUCAGGAGCCGAGCAGGAGACGAGCGAGCGAGAGACAGACGGGCCGAGAGGAAGAAGAGCGCUGGAGCAAAUCAGAGCUGGACAAGAAGGCUGCGGUCUCGUAUCAGUUCAGGAAUCAGAGCGGUGUGUUCAGUGACGUCAAAGACCUGCUCCUGGAGGACAUCGACAGAUACUUCUCUGACUGCAGACAGUUCAACCGCUCCGAGUCGGUCAGGUUGGCCGAUGAGCUGCGUGGAUGGGUCCAUCGUCAUCAGAUCAACCGGAAGUCUGAUGGAAAGGUGAAGGUUGUGAAGAAGACUAAAAUAGCUCAGAAAGCUCAGCACAGGAAGACAAACUUCUCCAGGUACCUUCCAAUCCAGGCUCAUCGCUCCAUCGAAAGUCAGCUGCAGGUGCUGCCCGGGCCGGAGAUCAGCUACAACGACUUCCUGGACGCCAUCGACCGGCGCGAGGACACGUUCUAUGUAGUGUCGUUCAGACGGGAUCACCUGCUGUUACCCGCCAUCAGCCACAACAAAACCACUCGCCCCAAGAUGUCUCUGGUCAUGCCCGCCAUGGCCAUCAACGACUCGGUGUAUAACGCGUCUCAGGCCGGCUAUGAGAUGAUGAUGCAGGUUGACUGUGAGGUGAUGGACACCCGGAUCAUUCCGAUCAAGUCCUCUGUGGUUCCGCCCUCGCUCCGAGACCCGCCCCCGGUCCCGCCCCCUCACCAUCACCACGGUAACCAGAGCUCGCUGCGCAGCCGGGCCCAGCCGCUGCAGAGACGCCGGAGCUCAGGGUACUUGAUCAGCCAGAGCGGCUCGGACUGAGGCGGUCCUCUCUUCCGCUCUCUUUAUACAGCCGUUGUGUUUCUUUCUUUUCUUUUUUUUUUUAUGACUUUUUUUUUUUUUUUUUUUUUUUUUUACAGAUUUUUAUUGAGAUUAUUUAAAAGCGAUGUUCUUCUAUUGGAUGUAUGUGAGAUAAACGUUCAUUUGAUUACAAUGAAUGAUUUUGUAUGUGUUCUCGUCCAUCACAGUCACGUUUCUGCAUGUAUAUACAGUGCUCUGUAGGUCUGCUGGGCUUUUCUCGGACACUGAAGCUGAUGGCAGAGGUUUUAGGUUGUUGUUAAUGUUUCUGUUCACAGAUGUGGAGUCACUGUCUGAACCGGCUCCCAUCUCCACGCAUGCUUCACUUAACCCCAGGGACUGCUGUAAAUAAUUUAUUCCAUCCAGGACGGUUUGGAUCGGUGAACGAGUUCUUAUUCGGUUCAGGACCGUCUCAGAGACUGACAGAAGUGGUCUCUUCUCCUUGAAGAUACGUUUUUGUGUCGACUUCUGUUCAGUCCGUAUAUGAUGAUGAUGAUGAUUUGUGUCUGAAUCUGUCCCAUGAUGACCUGCUCCAGCACGCUUCUGUUUUCUGUGAUGGAGGGAUGUUGUGUGAAAAUGUAAACCUGCUUUUUUUACUUUAUUUAAAUGAGCUUUCAUCAGGAAAACUCUUGUCUCAUUUUCUCUUCCUGUCUGUACGAGAAUUUUGAACUACUGUUUUCAUUUGUAGAGGAGAAAAUAAAUUUGAUAAAUACUGUA